ACUUAAAACCAACUUCUAGUAUUGUAAAACAAGAUUUGUAAACAUGAGUUCUAGCCCCCCAUCUACCACCACUGCUGUCCAUGAAAUUCCCGAAACGUUUCCAGACGUGACGACAACAAGACGCCCUGACAUCUCUGUUGGGAAGUUUACAGGCAAAAAUAUUCUCAGCGGAGCCGAUGUGGCGACUCUAUGGGGGACUUUAAUCUUCACGGUCAUCGUCAGUCUAGUGGCUACCUGCACUGCAAAGAAAGGAAUCCGUGGAUUCUUCUUUGCCAACAGAAACAUUGGAUUUCUACCGAUUGCUUGCUCUAUGUAUAUGACCGAUGUUGGGAGUGCACAAUUUGUGGCCAUGGCCGGGAUGGCCAGCCAUAGUGGGCUCACGGUCUACGCCUAUGAGCUACAGUCGACGUUUGCGUUGAUUCUCCUCGGCUGGGUCUUCAUGCCAGUCUACAUAGCAUCAGGGUCAGUCACCACGCUGGACUACCUCAAGAAACGGUACGGUGGCAAGCGGAUAGAAAUUUAUCUGGCAGCUCUAACCUUGCUGCUUAUUGUAUUAACGAAAACCUCCGUGGAGCUCUAUGCGAUUUCUCAACUGCUGGAAACUGUUUUCGUCAACGUCAGCUACGGUUAUCUGAGCAUCCUGCCUCUGCUCUGGUCCGUCAUUCUCACUGCAGCAGGUGGACUACAAACAGUUGUCUAUACGGACACCGCACAAGCCUUGAUUUUAUUAUUUGGGGCCGUUUACAUUUCUUAUUACAGUCUAGCAAACUUUGAAACGUACGACGUCUUGAGAGAGAAAUACUUCGAUGCCUGGCCUAACACGACCCGGCUUCACUUCGGCGACAACACGACAUACCCCUAUACCUACUGCGGCAUUCCCAAAGCCCUGUCCUGGAACAUCAUCCGUAGCUAUGGCAACCAGGAGAUCCCCUGGCCGGGCAUGGUCUUCGGCAUCGCCGUGGGCAGCGUCUGGUACUUCUGCUGCGACCAGAUGAUUGUACAGUUCGGACUUGGGGCGAAGAGUAUCCUCCACGCUAAAAGUGCCUGCAUAGUGACGUCAUACGCCAAAAUCCUCUCCGUCAUGUUUCUCAUUAUUCCAGGCAUCGUGGCCAGGAUUUUUUACACAGAUGUCGUCGCGUGCGCCGACCCGCAGGUGUGUGAGUCAAUCUGCCACUCCAGGACCGGAUGUAGCAACCUGGCAUUUCCGCUGCUGUUUAUGGAUGUCGUCCCGCCAAAUUACAGGGGAAUCGUGUUGUCUGCCGUUGUGUCCUGUUGUGUGUCCUCCAUGAGCGCCUGUCUGAACAGCGCCAGCACUAUUUUCACCAUCAACAUCUACAGGAAUAUCAAGGCGCGGCCCACUGAACUGGAACUACUUUUCGUCUCCAAGUCUGCGAUCCUGGCCAUUUCUGUCCUAAGUCUCUGCUGGGUCCCCAUCGUGCGCAUGAUGCCAAUCGUCAUGGACUACAUUCAGGCUUUCAUCAGUAUCCUUGCGCCGCCUAUCGCCGCAGUGUUUCUGUGUGGGCUGUUGUGGGAUCGCGCCAGUGAAAAGGCGGCCUUUCAGUCCCUCAUGCUGGGAUUAACGUUGAGCCUAAUCCGAUUAGCCUGGAGCUACUACUACGGGAUUGUAGCAUGCGGGGAGGAGGUCAAGUCCCAAGUGCCGGACAUAAUAGCCCAUUACCACUACCUCCAUUUCAGCAUCUUCUUGUUCGUCCUCUGCUCGGUGUACAUCAUCAUUUCCGGUAUUUUCUCGGAGCCAAUCAAUGUGGUGCACUUGUACCGACUAGUGUACUGGCUACGCCUCAGUAAAUUGGACCGUGUCGAUCUUUCCGAGAUGGAACAAGUCUUCAAAAAAAUUGAAGAAGACGAGCAGCCAGCCGUCACCCCAGAUAUUGCGGAACAACCAGAAAAGCAGAAAAAUUCCAAGCUCACCUCGGUUGUCUGCUGUGUGGAACAGGAAAUGGAAAAUCCUUACAUCACCAACAAUGAACUGAGAGAGAUCGUCAAGCUGAAUGCCAAUAUCGAUGAGUCGAAUAGAUAUGCCAGGACCCUUAACUCUCAUGCUAUUCUUGUUAUGUUGAUUACCGCUUUUUUGUGGGGUUAUUUUUCCUGAAUGUUUUCAGUUAUCUCGCUUCUGUAAUGUUUAACUAACGAGAAAUAAAUGAGAGAUACAGAGUUUAAAUGUAGAUUCUAGAUUGAUGUAUUAUUUUCUUUUUAAUUUAGUCUUUUUUAAUGUGGCUGACUGAGAUGAUGUGAA